AUGAGCAAGAUUUGUGCAAUUUUUGGAGGAUCACGAGGGAUAGGAAAAGCUGUUGCGGGAUUGCUGGCACAGAAAGGAUGCCGCCUGGCAAUUGUUGCUAGAAAUCUGGAGGUAGCUCAAGCUACUGCCCAUCAUCUUGGUGAAGGACACCUGGCACUUAGCUGUGAUGUAUCCAGAGAAGAAGAUGUCCAAAAUACUUUUGAAGAGAUACAGAAGAAUUUAGGUCCUAUUAAUUACUUGGUUAAUGCAGCUGGGAUCAACAGGGAUGGCUUGUUACUGAGAACCAAGACUGAAGAUAUGAUAUCCCAGAUUCACACAAACCUCCUUGGAACAAUGCUGACAUGCAAAGCUGCUGUAAAAAGCAUGAUUCAACACCAGGGAGGUGCUAUUGUUAAUAUAGGAAGUAUUGUAGGAAUUAAAGGCAACUCUGGUCAAAGUGUGUACAGCGCUAGCAAAGCAGGCUUAGUUGGGUUUUCGCGUUCUCUUGCUAAAGAAGUAGCAAGAAAGAAAAUUCGAGUCAAUGUGGUUGCUCCAGGCUUUAUUCACACAGAGAUGACUGCUCAUUUGGACGAAGAUGAGUUGAAGGCAGCAAUUCCUCUUGGGAGAUUUGGAGAGCCUCAGGAAGUUGCACAAGCUGUUGUCUUUCUGCUAGAGUCUCCAUAUGUUACAGGCAGUACUCUAAUUGUAGAUGGAGGCUUGCAGCUUCAAACUUAAUUGCUACAUCAAAUAAGCACCAUACUGACAUAUCAUGAUGCCACUUAUAAAACAUACACUAAUCAAAGGGAAGGGAGAAAAGACUACGCUGAAGAUUGACAGAUGUAAUUGACUUGAUACCCUCUAAUCAGAGUGGUAAUUCGUAAGUAAUGAAGUGCAGCAUCUAUGUUUGGGUACCAGCAAAAAUGCACAUGGUAAUACAAAGUCUGCGUAUGUAGAAAAGAACUGGUUUGGAACGAUGAUAGCUUUAAAUAAUAUCUUGAUAUAUCUUAAAAGCACUAUAUUUUUAUAAUAUCAUGUUUUCCAAUUUGGGGUGGCACAGGGAUUAUAUUUUGAAUGAUUGUGUUACACAGAGAUGAAAUAAAUGCAGAGACAUGUUUACCAAUUGGCAGUUAUGAUCAAGUCUGUCAUGUAGGCAGAGGAUUCUUAGCUAUCUACUUCUUUAUUCUUAUCAGUCCCUAGAAAAUUGUUCUUGUUGUUUGUUUAUAACUGAAACUACAAAGCUAGAAGCUUCUAGAUCUCCAGUAUACCUGAAUUGCCUCCAGGAGAUUUAGUGAUAUGUAAUGCACUUUUAUAAUGGCAAAACCUUCUCUGUUCUGUUUUUAAAUAUGCAUACAGCACUUUUACUUCAUCAGUGCUUGAGAUUAUGUAAUGACUACUGAUUGGUCACUGGAGAUGUUAGUUUUUUAAUAUUCUGAGUUUAAACUGGAAGAUACACUGUGAACUUUGCAGUUUUAAGCCUUCCAGGUAGAAGGU